AGUAAAUGGUUCAAUUGUUUGAAAGUUUCGAUUCUCCCAUCAGCUCUCACUCAUUUUUUGCGAAACAUUUCAUACACUUUUACCAACUUUUACUGCUCGUGUCAUGGUUGCCAUCGUGAAGCCACAGGUUAUGCAACGGAUUUGAGAAGAGCAUCUUGGCAAAGACUUUCCAUCUUGCGAGUGGCACGAGGCCUUACGUUAUCCGCUGGCGAUAACGCGACGCUCGCUGAAGGCUUUACGACGUUCAUACAACACAGAGCUAACAUCUGCGAAAACGACCGCGCACCCCUCAAGGCGAUGGCAAGCGCACCCCCACAAGAGACCUCCACAUUUGUGGGACACCCUCCUCUUCCAUCGUAUGAGGAGGCAUUGGGAUCAAAUCCACAGGACCCACCAAUGCCCUAUGCUCCAGCUGAUAUGAAGACAUCUGUGCCUCCGUAUCCAACACAAGCCUACAGCCCGAUGUAUCCCCCACCACCCCAUCAAGGUCAACCUGUCACCAGUCCUGUUGUAUCUGUUCAGACCGUAUACGUUCAGCCUGGUCUGGUGUUUGGAAGUGUUCCAGUGCAAGCGCAUUGCCCAGUAUGCGCACGUAACGUGAUAACUCGCCUGGAGUAUACAUCAGGAGCACUAACUUGGCUCUCUUGUGCAGGCCUGACCAUUUUUGGUUGUAUCUACGGCUGCUGCCUGAUUCCCUUCUGUGUGGACAGCCUGAAGGAUGUGACCCACCACUGUCCAAACUGCAGCAGUGUUUUAGGAGUCCACAGGAGAAUGUGAACCAGCUGCAGAACAUGUGAAUGAGUCGUGUGACAUAUCGACUCUAUAUU